CCCGGCGUCCGGGACAACAAAUGGCCGUGAACCGACGGAGGAGCCGGAGUGUGUUUCUCCCGUGUCCGCGCUGAGGCUGGUCCCCAUGCUCUCAGGGUAGGCUAGCCGGGGCAGGACGCGCUCUUCUCCCCCCUUCUCCGUCCCGGCAGCCCGCGUUUCCUCCGUGUGGAAGAAGAAUGGGAGAGUCCUGCUGACACCACGGAGAGAUACACGCUCAGACCCGGGAUGGCUGUGGACGCGGCCUCCAGCUUCAGUUUUUGCCGUGCCUCCCUGGAGCACACGGUGUCUGCUGAGGAGCUGAGCUACCAGCUGCCGCGUCGCGCCGGAGGAAGCAACCUGACCUGGCACGACGGCCGCGGCCAGCAGACGGCACACACACGCACAGUCAAACUCCUGCAGCAGCCCGGCACAGAGGGCAUACAGUUGCGUCCGGGCGAAGCCUUCACUGUGUACCACACCAGUCCUACAUUGUCCUGCCUGUCCAAACCGGUGGUGCUGUGGACUCAGCAGGAUGUCUGCAAGUGGCUUAAGAAACACUGUCCUCACAACUACCUAACCUAUGUCGAGGCCUUCUCCCAUCACGCCAUCACAGGUCGAGCACUGCUGCGUCUGAACGGAGAAAAGCUGGAGAGGAUGGGAAUCGUCCAGGAGACGCUGAGACAAGAAGUCCUCCAACAAGUCCUCCAGCUGCAGCCUCCUUUGGAAAUUUCUCUUAGCUCAUCCAUGGACCCACUUGGCAUCCUCUCCCUCAUCCCCUGCCACAGCACGUCUCUCGGAGCCAUGGAAGCGCUGCCGUCUUCAGAUAUGCGAGCGGAGAAUCAACAAGUGAAAAGGGGAGAGGACAAGCCUAUAGACUACGUGCCAGCUCGUCUGGAGGAUUCUCAUUUACCACAGCCAAUCUGGUUUCCAGACAGCGAGGCAGAGACAAAGCCGCGCUCAAGGCCGGAGCGCCCACUGUAACAUAACGAUAAGAUGAAAGAGUCACAACCCUACUGCUGAUGUAGGUCCAGGACUGGUUUAUACUCCAUCAGAGCAAAUCUUUUGGCUUCCUUUCUCAUUAAAAUCGGACUCUAACAAAAGCCUGCAUCGAUUUCUGACACAAGCUUUGCACAAGCAAGACGUUUUAAGAUCAUUACACAAAUACUGUGGUUUUAUAUAAUUUAAACUUUUGACUCUUGGUGGAAACGUGUUAAAAAGUGAUGGUGAAAACACAGAUCUAAAUCCAACAUUUGUAUUUGAACAAAGAAACUUGAGAGAAGCAAACUUCCAGUAAAUCUUAAUGUUUGCUUGAAGCCACAAUCCAAAGCCCCUUGAAAGAAAAUUAGACUUGAUCUUGAAUGCAUUUCACUAAUGCAAAUAUAAUCAAUUUCCCACCCACACGUCACUCUGCAUUUUCCUCUCAGGACUUCAGUUUCAGAAUUUUUUUGGCUUGGAGAAUCAAAAAUUAUACUUUGAGUUGAAUGUCAUACCCACAACGAAUCUUUUUGUAUUGUAAUCUAUCCGCAGUAAGUCAGUGACAAAUUAGAAGUAUUCCAUUUACUGUAUGACAGUUGUAGAGUAAAAUACACUUUACCUUGUGUAUACCAUUACAGUACAUUAGUCUUUUAUUAAUGGAGGUGAUUUCACGGAGGUAAUGUGAUAAUCACUGGCUGUUUGUGCUUGAGCAAGCAAUAAUUUAAAUGUUAAUAGCUGGGGAGAUAUUAGGGAAUCUGUUCUACAGAGAUGGGAAGGACUGUGUGAAUGAUUACAGAGGGGAAGAUGCAUCGUGCCAGCUGCAGCGGUAGCAAUUUCCAGAUUUGUAGCUUCAGUACUCUGUGUUUGCUGCUGUAUACUGUAUGUCACAUCUGACAAACAGGCACAAAAAGAAAAGACAAUCCUCUGUUGGAUUCCAUCCUGUUUUUGUCCCUGGUGUGAUGCCGUACGCUCAAACACUCAAACGAGAUACUGUGACGGCUCCUCAGAUGCGGAUUCCCGCUGUGACUGAAACCAGCACCUCUGAUGUCUCUGUGGCUGCUGCAGACAGUUUGCAAGAGGGUGACGCUUAAGUCACAUGAA